AUGCCUCCGUUGGGAUUAUCCCUGCGCUGGAAGGCCAGCGAUGAGGAAACAGGCGAUCGCGUGACCCCAACGUCGCGCAGUUCGACGCCGAAGGACAGUGGCCGAGAUGAUCUGAGACUGCAGCGACGCGGGAGCCAGAGAAAGAUUGAACCGGCCUCUGCUAUCCCCAUUGAGUAUCGAAGCGUGUCAAUGGAUAUCGAGGAUGGGGAGAGACAACAGCGGUCCAAACAAUGGCAAAAUACGGAUUGGCACACGAUUUCCGUCGAAGAAGUGCAGAAGCGUCUCGACGUGGACAUGUCCUGCGGCUUGGCUGGAAGCACGGCCAGCCAGCGCCUCCGGGAAAAUGGCCCAAACAAGAUCUCGCCUCUGCCGAACCCUUGGUUCUGGAAAGUUUUCGGGUAUCUUUUCAAAGGAUUCGGAUCCAUCCUCCUCGUCGGCGGCAUUCUGGUUUUCCUCUCAUGGAAACCACUAGGAGAACCUCCGGCGGUGGCCAACCUUGCCCUGGGUGUUGUUCUAAUUGCCGUGUUCCUGCUCCAAGCCUCAUUCAAUGCGUGGCAAGAUUGGUCUUCGUCUCGUGUUAUGGCUUCUAUCACUGCAAUGCUGCCGGAAUCCUGUCUGUUGAUCCGUGAUGGGUCUCGAGUAGAGGUCCUUGCCACGGAGCUUGUCCCGGGAGACACAGUAUACCUGAAAUCCGGAGCGAAAAUCCCAGCGGACAUGAGAUUCGUUGAAGUAUCUCAGGACUUGACUGUGGAUAGAUCGAUCGUCACCGGUGAAUCCAACUCGGUCAAGGGUAGUGUGGACUCCACAUCUGACAACUACCUGGAGACACGGUGUAUCGGUCUUCAAGGGACUCACUGUGUGUCUGGUAAUGCCACUGGAAUUGUCGUGGCAACUGGUGACUCGACAGUUUUCGGACGAAUUGCUAAACUGGCGGGUGAACCGAAGACUGGCCUGACUACCAUUGAAAAGGAAGUCUUGCGCUUUGUGGUCUUGAUCUUCGUCAUCAUGGUAACCUGGAUUGUGAUUCUGGCCUCUGUUUGGGGCGGCUGGCUCCACAAGAAGCAUCCUGACUAUAUCAACGUGGCCACUCUGAUCGUUGAUUGUGUUAGUGUUGCCAUCGCAUACAUUCCAGAGGGUCUUCCCAUCGCGGUUGCGAGUAGUUUGACUAUCACAGCCAACCUGAUGAAGAAGAACAACGUUCUUUGCAAGUCUUUGAAGACGGUCGAGACCCUAGGCUCGGUGACGGUUAUAUGUACUGACAAAACUGGCACACUUACCCGGAACCGCAUGGCUGUCACAGACUUCGCUGUUGAAAACACCACAUCAACUGUGGAAGGAGAAGUCACGAACACGAGCCUGGCUCCUUCUGUUGUCCAGCAACUCGUGGCUAUUGGUAGUCUCUGCAAUGCUGGUGAAUUCGACAACGCAGCAUCGGAAGCUCCCCUCAGUGAGCGACGCAUCUACGGUGACGCAACCGAUCAAGCUAUUUUGAGAUUCUCAGAGAGCCAAGGCUCUGUUGCAGAAAUUCGAAAGGGAUGGAAAAAGUUCUUCAGUCUGGACUUCGACAGCAAGAACAAGUUCAUGGUCAAAGCGUUUACUCCAGUCCUCCCCGAAGGCCCGAAGACUUGGCUCUCAACGGCCGAAUCCAGCAAUUUCAACGCUGAAGACAUUCUUGUAACCGUCAAGGGAGCUCCGGAUAUUUUGAUCGAGCGUUGCGCCAACGUUCUUGGUGCAGACGGUGAAUUGAAGCCAUUGAAUGAGGUCAUUCUCGCAGAAAUCAAACAUCUGAAAGACAAGUGGUCUGCGGAGGGCAAACGGACUAUUCUGCUUGCUCGUAAGGUUCUGGCAAGGGACAGUAUUCUGGCCGAUCCCACAUCGGCGGAAUGCGAGUCCCAGAUGCUCGCUGAAGCCAAGGCGGGUCUUACACUGGUUGGGCUUGUGGGCAUUAUCGAUCCAACAAGAUCAGAAAUCCCUGAAGUCAUGCGAAUUUUGCGUCAGGCGCACAUCAGAGUCUUCAUGGUCACUGGUGACUUCGGACUUACAGCGCUGGCCAUUGCCCGUCAAUGUGGCAUUGUUACUACCGACUCCGUUCAUGAUUCAUCGGCACUAGAGCGUUUCGCGGGCACAGGAGAAAAAAAGACGGACCCUUCUCAGUCUGCCCUACUUCUCAGUGGCCCCGAUCUGAUGGCUCUCAACGAAUACCAGUGGGAACAACUCUGUCAAUAUCGCGAGAUUGUAUUCUCCCGUACUACUCCCCAUCAAAAAUUGCGAAUUGUGCGCGAGCUGCGGGCCCGGGACCAAAUUGUCGGUAUGACUGGCGAUGGAGUCAAUGACGCACCGGCCCUCAAAGCUGCCGAUAUUGGAAUCAGUCUUGCCAGCGGCUCGGACAUCGCUAUCGAAGCUGCUGACAUGGUCUUGCUGGAUUCAUUUGCCGCGAUUGUCGAAGCCGUCCGUUACGGACGAGUCGUGUUCGACAACCUCAAGAAAACGGUCGCCUACCUUCUUCCUGCUGGCUCGUGGUCCGAGUUCUGGCCUGUGUUCACCAAUUUGAUCUUCGGCAUUCCUCAAAUCUUGUCGUCCUUCCUGAUGAUCAUCAUUUGUUGUUUUACCGACUGUGCUGCGGCCAUCGCUCUUGCCUACGAAACUCCCGAGGCAGAUGUACUCUUCCGUCCGCCCCGCCAUCCCACAAAGACUCGCCUUGUCGACUGGAAGCUUAUGUUCCACGCAUACGCCGUUAUUGGAAUGAUCGAAACUGCCUGUUCGUUUACCAUGGCAUACUGGUAUCUUCAAAGAAGCGGCAUUUUCUUCUCGGAUCUCUGGUUCAAGUUCGGGGAGAUUCCAGCCGGCAUGGACCCUGACUACUACAGCGCUAAGGUGAACGAGGCGAGCUCUAUCUACUUUAUGAACCUCGUUAUCAUGCAAUGGUUCAACCUCAUGGCAGUGCGCACUCGGCACCUCUCCAUCUUCCAGCACCCCCCUGCUUUCAACAAGAAGACCCAAAAUCUCUAUUUGUUUCCCGCAAUUGUAUUUGCGCUGGGUAUUGCAGUGAUUUGGUUGUACAUCCCUAGCCUGCAGACAGUUCUCAGCACUUCGGGGAUUCCUGUGGAGCACUAUUUCCUUCCCGCGGCGCUGGGUAUGGCUCUCCUCUGCAUGGAUGAAUGCAGAAAAGCAGCAGUCCGUCGCUGGCCUGAAGGAUUGCUGGCCAAGAUGGCUUGGUAA